GCGCACUGGGAAGGAUGCUUCCUGCAGGUCUCCUCUCCUGGACUGGACGUACCACCCUAGUACCAACGCGUGCAGUGCAGUACCCGUCACCUCACCUGCAGGCUGCAGAAGCGGGAAGGGAAGGGACACCUGCAGCAAAACCCCACACUGCUAGCUGUCUGCCGCGGCGAGCUGACAUCGUGCGGGCUCGAUCUGCGCACGCGUCAACAUGAGCCGCCUCCGCUUCGCCAUCCUCCUCGCAGUCGCAGCCGGCGUCCUCCUCCUCCCCGCCUCCGCGUCGUCGUCGUCGUCGUCGUCACGGCCACCGGAGGUGUACAGCGUCGGCGACGAGACGGGGCUGGCGGCGCCGCCGGGCAACGACGACGACGGCACCCAGCAGACGCUCAGCAAGUGGGCCAUGACGCAGAGCUUCUACGUCGGCGACGUCCUGGAUUUCAAGCGCUGGAGCGAUUCGGUCCUCCUGGUGCGGCAGGGCGACUACGACCGGUGCAGCGCGGCGAGCCCGGUGCGCCGGUUCUUCGCGGACGGCGGCGACACCCAGUUCACGCUCGCCCGCCCCGGCCUCUUCUACUUCAUCAGCGGCGCGCCGGCGCGCUGCGAGGCGGGCCAGCGGAUGGUCGUGCUCGUGCGCGUCGCAGAUCCCCUCAACAAAAUCAUCAGCGCCGCUCCGACGCCGGCGCCGGCGCCGGCGCCCGCCGCCACCCUGUCCAAGCGCAGCCGCCGUCCGCUGACUAUUGCGCAGAUGCAGAUGGUGGCGGGGGCACUAGGGUUCGCGACGGGAUUUAUUGCCAUGUUCUUGAUCGUUGGGCUCUUUAUAUGCUACGGGCCCUAGUUACUACAACUGUAGAACUAGAAUAACAGUGCUAGCAUGAUGAUUAUUGGAACCAGUGUUUCUGUCUUCGCCUGUUGUGCUUUGUUUUAGUAGCUGAUGAUAUGUAUAUUGUUCAUGAGACCUUUCGCCGAAUUAUCGUCACAAAUUCGGCUGAUAAUGUAACUGUGUUUCCUCCCUCGAAAUGAGUAUGAACGAGAUCUACUACCUUUGCCAUUUUGCAUAACAAAGCUAUACUGUAUUUGUAUGA